AUGUUUGUGAACAACAAAGCAAUCACUGAAGCACUGGCCAGGUAUGGUGCCUGCUUUGCUUAUAUAGAGCCAACGGGCAGCCAAUUUCCCGCGAAUUUACCGCGUGACUUUCAAAUCACAACACAUCACGGCGCUAGAGUCACUGAAGCACUGGCCAGGUAUGGUGCCUGCUUUGCUUAUAUAGAGCCAACUGGCAGCCAAUUUCCCGCGAAUUUACCGCGUGACUUUCAAAUCACAACACAUCACGGCGCUAGAGUCACUGAAGCACUGGCCAGGUAUGGUGCCUGCUUUGCUUAUAUAGAGCCAACUGGCAGCCAAUUUCCCGCGAAUUUACCGCGUGACUUUCAAAUCACAACACAUCACGGCGCUAGAGUCACUGAAGCACUGGCCAGGCACGGUGCCUGCUUUGCUUAUAUAGAGCCAACUGGCAGCCAAUUUCCCGCGAAUUUACCGCGUGACUUUCAAAUCACAACACAUCACGGCGCUAGAGUCACUGAAGCACUGGCCAGGUAUGGUGCCUGCUUUGCUUAUAUAGAGCCAACUGGCAGCCAAUUUCCCGCGAAUUUACCGCGUGACUUUCAAAUCACAACACAUCACGGCGCUAGAGUCACUGAAGCACUGGCCAGGUAUGGUGCCUGCUUUGCUUAUAUAGAGCCAACUGGCAGCCAAUUUCCCGCGAAUUUACCGCGUGACUUUCAAAUCACAACACAUCACGGCGCUAAAGUCACUGAAGCACUGGCCAGGUACGGUGCCUGCUUUGCUUAUAUAGAGCCAACUGGCAGCCAAUUUCCCGCGAAUUUACCGCGUGACUUUCAAAUCACAACACAUCACGGCGCUAGAGUCACUGAAGCACUGGCCAGGCACGGUGCCUGCUUUGCUUAUAUAGAGCCAACUGGCAGCCAAUUUCCCGCGAAUUUACCGCGUGACUUUCAAAUCACAACACAUCACGGCGCUAAAGUCACUGAAGCACUGGCCAGGUAUGGUGCCUGCUUUGCUUAUAUAGAGCCAACUGGCAGCCAAUUUCCCGCGAAUUUACCGCGUGACUUUCAAAUCACAACACAUCACGGCGCUAGAGUCACUGAAGCACUGGCCAGGCAUGGUGCCUGCUUUGCUUAUAUAGAGCCAACGGGCAGCCAAUUUCCCGCGAAUUUACCGCGUGACUUUCAAAUCACAACACAUCACGGCGCUAAAGUCACUGAAGCACUGGCCAGGUAUGGUGCCUGCUUUGCUUAUAUAGAGCCAACUGGCAGCCAAUUUUCCGCGAAUUUACCGCGUGACUUUCAAAUCACAACACAUCACGGCGCCAGAGUCACUGAAGCACUGGCCAGGCACGGUGCCUGCUUUGCUUAUAUAGAGCCAACUGGCAGCCAAUUUCCCGCGAAUUUACCGCGUGACUUUCAAAUCACAACACAUCACGGCGCUAAAGUCACUGAAGCACUGGCCAGGUAUGGUGCCUGCUUUGCUUAUAUAGAGCCAACUGGCAGCCAAUUUUCCGCGAAUUUACCGCGUGACUUUCAAAUCACAACACAUCACGGCGCUAAAGUCACUGAAGCACUGGCCAGGUAUGGUGCCUGCUUUGCUUAUAUAGAGCCAACUGGCAGCCAAUUUUCCGCGAAUUUACCGCGUGACUUUCAAAUCACAACACAUCACGGCGCUAGAGUCACUGAAGCACUGGCCAGGCACGGUGCCUGCUUUGCUUAUAUAGAGCCAACUGGCAGCCAAUUUCCCGCGAAUUUACCGCGUGACUUUCAAAUCACAACACAUCACGGCGCCAGAGUCACUGAAGCACUGGCCAGGCACGGUGCCUGCUUUGCUUAUAUAGAGCCAACUGGCAGCCAAUUUCCCGCGAAUUUACCGCGUGACUUUCAAAUCACAACACAUCACGGCGCUAGAGUCACUGAAGCACUGGCCAGGCACGGUGCCUGCUUUGCUUAAAUAGAGCCAACUGGCAGCCAAUUUUCCGCGAAUUUACCGCGUGACUUUCAAAUCACAACACAUCACGGCGCUAGAGUCACUGAAGCACUGGCCAGGCACGGUGCCUGCUUUGCUUAAAUAGAGCCAACUGGCAGCUAGCUUCCCGCGAAUUUUCCGCGCGACUUUGCAAUCACAUCACAUCGCUUCGCGAGUGUCAUCUAAGCAUUGUUUUUUAAAUAAUGCAAUUUAAUGAUGUAGAUAUAAUACUACUAAAUAUGUUUUAAUUCAUAUGCAAUUAAGGCAUUUCACAUAAAUAAAUCUUUACGAAAAAUAUAUUGAACUUUAAUUUAUGUCUGCCACUAACUACCACUAAUACUAAUCCUAAUAUCAGCUCUUUAAAUGGAAAAGCUGCUGACUAGUUGGACUUGUAGUGCACUCUAGUUGCAGCGCUUUUUAUGACCAGUCACUUCACUUUAAGGUGCAGUUAAAACCGAACCUCAGAUGGGGUAUCUAUUUGCAUAAAUACAUUGAGAUACUCCAGCAAUACUUAAUACAAUAACGGAAAAUCUUAUGAAGUGAUUUUGUUCAGAUUAUUUAGAAAAUGGUUUACUUUAAUACAGUUAGUUAUUUUAAACUUUUUCCUGCAUGUGCAAAGUGGACGAAAUAACUGGUUUUGUAAGGGAACAAAAUAAUAAUAAUAAUAACCUAAAUAUAGUAAGCGAGAGAGAAUGCAUUGAUUAAGAAACUAAGCAGAGAAGUAAAAAACAAAAGCACUGUUGUGAGCAACACGUUUAACCAUCGAAGUUGUUGGCCGAAGGUGCGCACAAAACUUCGAAAGCCAUACGAUUUAGUUGUUAAAUCGGAAUACGUGGCGUCGGUUGCAACCACGAAUUCGAGGUUUGUGUUGUGAGAUACAUACACACACUAGUAGUAGAAAUCUUACAACAUUCCAAUAAACUGGUCGCGCAUGUGUAAUGUGUAAUUCAAGUGGUUAAUAAUAUUCAGUUAUUAGAAUAGAGUAUAAUAGAUUCAA